AUGGCGCUGGCGCGGGGGUUUUGGAUUGGUGCCGUCCCACCAGAACUGGCUUGCCUUCGUUAUGCAGAGCGCCUCUUGGUCGCAAGAGUGCGACACUCUGUGUGCUGGGCGAAAAUAUCUACCGGGAUGCGCAAAAUGAAAACAAACGUGAUAUGCUUCGAGGUGCCUGUACCGAGGGUGUACGACAUGCUGCCCCCUCCCAGAGACGACAUUCAGGAAGUGCUGGCCAUUUUCUUUACGGGCCCCAAACCUCCUACUGAAGAAGAUAUGAAAAGGACGCCGUUUCUCGUCAGACGCAACGAGGUCCGUAGGGCUCUGGAGUGGCUUAUUCUCAAUCACUGCGAUUAUGCGGACGUAAGCAUAUCGACGCAGAACCUCGCUUCGUAUCCCGAAGACGCUCCUCCCGUGGCGGUAGAAUAUGUUCAUUCGACCACAAAUAAAUCUCCCGAGAAUUCGAGCGUGUUCGACAAAGAUCAAGAGGAUGGUACUAGUGAAGGGGACUGCUUGUUUACCGUUCACGGCAUAACAGGUGACAAGCUGGAGAAUAUGUCUGUAAAAACCCUCAAAGCACGGGCAUUCAGGCAUCUCAAUAAUCGGGGGAAAUUCCUUGUGGUAGGUCACGAAUCAGAGCCCCUUAGUUUAUGGAACAGCCCCAACAUCUAUCCACAAAUGUUCCCGUGGUUGUUUCCCUACGGUCUUGGCGGCGUCGGGUCUGUUCCUGGGACGUCGCAGAAGGCUCAUAAACGGCAUUUACUCUUUUAUCACGACAAGCGGUUCCAGUUAGACCCGACCUUCUGCUUUGUCGCGUUCAGUCACGAACAAAUGUCCUUGGCCCAAAAUCAGGGCCACCUUAUCGUGGAUCGCUCCCAGUUCAACGAUGUAUCUUCUCGUUUGUUGUCCGUCGAUCCGAAUGUUCUUCAGAACCUAAUCAAUCGAAUGGCCAAUGGCGAAACUGUGCGAGCAGAGACUGAAAUGGAGAAGCAAUGUUGGAGGGUUUUUCACGAUCUUGAUCAUAUCAUGGGGAAGGUGAAUGGCUCGAUCACGAAUAAAAAGUACAUGCGGAAUGAGGUAUGGUCACUUGUGGCGCUACGUGGAAGCCCUUCCUGGUACAUAACGCUUUCCCCUGCGGAUAUUCAACACCCCCUGUGCUUGUACUUCGCCGGCACGAGUGAGAAAUUCUAUCCCGAUAUACUUCCGUAUGACCGCCGACUGCGUUUGAUUUGUCGAAAUCCCGUCGCAGCGGCUAGAUUCUUUCAUUUCCUCGUCGAUUUAUUUAUAACGGAGGUCCUUGGUGUGAAGGCUCGGCGUGAGCCGGGAGCCUACGGACCCACAAGCGCUUAUUACGGCACCGUCGAGCAGCAGGGAAGACUCACUCUUCAUCUCCAUAUGCUUAUAUGGAUUUCAGGCAGCGUCAGUCCCCAAGUGAUCCGCGACAGGAUCCUUAAUGACUUGAACUGGCAGGGCAAAAUAGUAGAAUGGUUAGAAGCAGCUCACGUAGGCGAAUUCCUCACCGGUUCUCUUCAAGAUGUCAAACGGAACGUCGAUGAAAAGUCGGAGUCCGAUCUUUAUGUCGAUCCUACUAUGGUUCUUCCUGUUUCUCCUCCUUUAAGGGGAUGCUCAGUCGAGCAUGCUGAUGGAUGCUCCUCCUGUAGCCGAACUAGGUCUUGGUGGGAAUACUUCCGCGAAACGGUCGAUGACCUCUUCCUGAAAUCCAACACCUAUGUCAACUGCCGGGAUAACAAGUUUAAGCGAUGUCGAGCGCGGUUCCCUCGAGAACUCCACGAGACUACUAGAGUCGACCCUGCGACCGGCGCUCUUGCACUCAAGAAAGGAGAGGCGUGGAUCAACACCAUGACACCUUUACUUACUUAUAUCAUGGGAUGUAACACGGAUGUUACAAGUCUGCUCUCCGGAACAGCCGUCAAAGCGGUCAUCGUCUAUGUAACGGAUUAUAUUACUAAGCCGGGGUUGAAAACGCACGUGGUGUUCGACGCGAUACGGACUGUCAUUACAAGAGAUACCAACAUAAUGUGGGGUGACAUCAAAGCGAAGGAUAUCGCGAGGCGCCUCAUGACUAAGAUCGUGAAUUUAGUAUCCGCUAAGAUGGAACUCGGUGCGCCUAUGAUUGCUUUGUACCUUAUGGGUAACCCGGAUCACUAUACCGACCACACUUUUGUUCCGUUGUACUGGACUAGUUAUGUUAACCAAGUUAAGAGCGCUUUCCCGGACGAACAAGAUCGGAUGGUUGGACACGACAAAGUAGCAGUUAUCAAGCAACAAGGAAGGUAUGUUCAGCUUUCUUGCACGUUUGACUAUGUCUACCGUCCUUCCGUUGUGGAGUCCUUGCCCGUUUAUGACUUUGUACGUUGCUGCAAGCGCGUGCAGGUGUCCUCGGUUCACCGCGAUAAGCGUACCCUACCUCGGGGAACCUUCGCUUUCGGACCUGAUCACCCCUUGGCCGAUUCCCAUGGAUUAAGAGUUAAUACUAAGGCUAUGGAAUAUGUCGUCCCUAACUUAUUGGGUGGCACGCUCCCGAGGCCAGGAGUAGGGAGCGAGAACGAAUACGGCGUUGCGAUGCUAGCUCUGUUCGUUCCGUGGAGAUCGGGUACCGACCUGCGAGCUCCUGGGGAAGACUGGUCGGCCGCUUGGAAUCGGACCGCUGUAAGCCCCCGAUAUGAAACAAUAAUGAAGAACAUCAAUUUGAAAUACGAGUGUCUAGACGCGAGAGAUGAUUUCAGAGCGCAACUCAAAGCAGGUGCAGGCAUUUCUUUGCCCAACAGUAGCUGGUUCGAUCCCGAUCACGAGUUUGACGCUCCGUCUGAUGAUCAAGAAGCCUCGCCGAUCGGGUCCAAUCACAUUGUCGACGGCGCUUAUCGUGACGGCAUAGACGCUGGCGAUGAGUUGGGCAAAUGCUAUGGGGAUCGCUUGGCAACGAUGAAACGUAUGGCGUCAAUAUUGGAGAACUCGGGUUGGACAUUACCUGCGCGUAUUAAGCAGAACGUGUCUUUGGGUAACGACGCCUCCGUUCCCUUUUUACUCGCUUCGGACUGGAGAGCGCAAGUAUUGCGAAAGCGACAGGAAGUCCUCGACUCGCGCUCCAAGGCGAUUCCUCCGUCCGUUAAGGACACACCCGACGGACGCAGACGAUUACCGACUAACGCGGUUUUUGUGGCUGGAAAAAAGUACCUGACCAAAGAUCCUUUGUAUAAUCCUGUGAUCCAACGCAAAAUUGAUGAUGUCGUGGCGAGUUUCGGGUUGAAUUACGAACAAGAGAAAGUGUUUCGUAUCGUCGCCAAUCACGCGUCAGACGAUUACUCUGAAAGAUUGAACAUGUAUAUUGGGGGUAUGGGUGGCACUGGUAAGUCCCAGGUACUAAAGGCACUGAUGGAGUUCUUCAAGAGCCGCGGAGAGUCAUAUAGACUGAUCGUGGUCGCGCCUACUGGUUCUGCGGCCGCGUUGCUCGGUGGGAUGACCUAUCAUUCGGCCUUUGGCAUCAAUGACCGAUCGGGGCCCGGUAUGGCUGCAGUUAAAUCCAAAUUGCUGGGAGUAGAUUACGUGUUUUUUGACGAGAUAUCCAUGGUGUCCGCUUACGAGCUGUAUCGCAUCAGUGCCAGGCUUUGCCGGAAUACUGAACACCCCUGA